AUGUAUCCUACCAAAGUCCUUGUCGUCGGUGCCACCGGAGCUACUGGAAAGCAUGUAGUGCAAAUGAUGCUCGACCAAGGUCAUGCAGUCAUCGCCCUUGUCCGAUCCAAGGAAUCCAUGUUGAGCAAGUUGAACGAUAAGACCAAAAACAUUGACCGACUAGAGAUCAGUGAAGGCAGCAUUACGCAAAUGAAACAUGAGCAACUUGUCGAGCUGACCAAAGAUUGCGACUAUGUAGUCUCUUGUCUGGGACACAACAUGACCUUCAAGGGAAUGUUCGUGAAGGACCGACGCCUCGUCGCUGAUGCAUGCAAGAAGUUGACCAAGGCAAUGCCUGCUUCUUGUAAAUUCCUCCUCAUGGGAUCUGAUGGUGUGGCACACAAAGGUGUCGACCCCAAGAGGAAAUUGGGGGAGCGAGCAAUAAUUUUCAUGUUGCGUUACCUCAUCCCUCCCCACGCCGAUAACGAAAAGGCAGCCGCCUAUCUUCUGGGUCCCGAUGGAAAGAAAUUAGAUUGGGUGAUCGUGCGCCCGACCAAUCUAGUUGACGCCGAAGAAGCCAGUGGGAAGUAUACAAUUUCUGAGAAGGCUGAAGUUUCCUUAUUUGGCGAUACAUCCAUCUCAAGAAAUGAUGUUGCGCAUUUCUUUGUGGAACUGAUGACGAAGGAGGAGACCUACUCAAAGUAUCAACACAAGAUGCCGGUCGUUGUUGGCAUUCCUGAAGAGCAAUCCCCUAAGGCCGAUUCAGAGCCAACCGAGACCGAAGGAGCCGAGUCCGAAGCAACAGAGGCAGAGGACAACUUGCGGCGAGAGCUGCUGUUGGAUGCAGAGGCCGAGUCAGAGCCAACCGAGACAGAAGACACCGAGUCAGAGCCAACCGAGACGGAAGAGGCCGAGUCCGAAGCAACAGAGCCAGAGGACAACUUGCGGCGAGAGCUGCUGUUGGAUGCAGAGGCCGAGUCAGAGCCAACCGAGACAGAAGACACCGAGUCAGAGCCAACCGAGACGGAAGAGGCCGAGUCAGAAACAACAGAGGCAGAAGACAACUUGCGGCGAGAGCUGCUGUUGGAUGCAGAGGCCGAUUCAGAUCCAACAGAGACAGAGGAACCAACGGAGACAGACGAUAGGUUUCGGAUACCACGUAGGCUAGCAGCAUCGGCACCAGAAAGGAAGUAG